CAUGUGUUGCCAUUCCCAGCCUCCCACGUCUAUUUAAUUAAGCAGACGUUGAUGUUCCCUAAUUUUGAACCAACUUUCUCAAUGAUACACUGAUACACUCAUUCAGCCAUCACUUUUAACCAUAAGAUAGCCAGAGAGGAAGAAAAACUUGAAAAAUGGGGAAUUGGGUUGGGAAGGAAAGGGCUGUUCACCCAGACCCAGUUGAUGAAGAUGAAGGACUACAUGGUGUUGGAUCAAAAAGUCUGAUGAGAAUUAAGGUGCGGAUGACUAAAAGAGAGCUCAAGGAGUUGAUGGCGCAGGUAGACAUGACCAACGGCGGCGAUAACUCGGAGAAGCUAGGCGGCUUGAUCCUGAAAGAAUUCUUGGAAGGUAGGCUCUGUGCUCGUGUUGUCGCUGUUGCUGCUGAUGAAGAUAGUGAUCCAAAGGGCAGAAGCUGGGAUCCCUUUGCAGGAUUAACUCAAACUUCUGAUUCACCGCAGCAGAGCACACUCCAGUGCAUCAAAGGGAAAAGUUCAAAGUCAUACCUCCAUAUUGAGCAGAAAACUUAAAAAAAUUUCUUGCAAAUAGGAUGAGACUUUUGGUAAUCAGGUAUAUCUUCAAAAUUUGAAUGAAUGCAUCCCCAAGGAGGUGAAAGAAGAUCACAAAUGUAGUUUAUGAUUUGGUGAACACCUUGUGCUUUUACCAUUGACCAUGCAAUUUGCAGUUUCUCGAUCUCAAUAGAUGUUGGAUACCUGAAAUUUGCUCUA